UUUAAGAAGAGUGUGAAGACGCCAACAUGACAGUUCCUGCUGAUCUGGGGUCAGGAACCAGAAGACUCAACCAGAGUGCAUGAUGGGACUGAAGACGCUGCUGUCGCUGCUCGGUGUUCUGGAGCUCAUGCUGGCGGCCGGCGGUCGUCAUGGCCGCCUCAUGCCCGGGUCUCCAACCAACAUCAGCAGGAAGGACCCCGUCCUCCGGCAGGUCGUCCUCAGAGCCGCCUGCUCCUUCAACAACCAAUCAAACGACGCCUUCCUCUUCAAGCCCUCGGCCAUCCACAGAGCUCAGCGCCAGGUCGUUAAGGGGGUUCUGUACAUCGUGGACCUGGAGAUCUCCAGAACCGUCUGCAGUAAACGAGACAACAACAACCUGUCCAACUGUGACUUUCAGCCUGAAGGUCGUCUGCAGCAGACGUUUCAGUGCCACACUGAGGUUUGGGUGAUCCCCUGGAGGAACGAGACCAGGACUCUGGUGUUGGACUGUAAACCCUGAAACCACCAGUGGCCUCCGACCUUCAUCAUCCUCACCUGGCCUUCGUCGUUCAUCAUCAUCCUCACCUGUGACCUUUGACCUGCUCCCCUUAUUAACGCAGAAUAAAAGCCUCCAGGAGAAA